AUGCCAAUAGAAAUGAUCGAAACGAGAAAUUCAAUACCAUUUAUAUACGUUAAAGGAAAUCAUUACGAAAUUGGAUUUGAUGUGGGAAGAACUUUUAGACACAUGAUACAAUCAUAUUUAAACAUUCACACGUCUUUAAAUAAAUUUUAUUUAAAAAUUUACGACACCCCUAACGGUAGGAAAGCAUAUGAAAAUACAUUGGAUGAAGUUAAAAAAAAUUUUCCGCAUUACGUGGAUGAAAUACAGGGAACGGCUGAUGGUGCCAACGUACCAUUUCACAAGUUAUUCCUACUGCACAUGGAUGAAAUUUUAUUACAAACGGAAAACAUAUCAAAUUUAGAAAGUUGUGCGGGUUGCAGUUCGAUAUUUUGUAACAAUGGCGAACAGAAAUUAUUGGGACACAAUGAAGAUGCAUUAGCUGAAACUUUGGGUCAUUUUUAUUUCGUAUCCGCUCACGUUGUGAAUUCCGAGCCAAAGGGUAAAUGGAAAACGACGGAAGAAAAAUUUACAUCGUUAUGUUAUGCAGGUAUGCUACCUGGAUUCACUAUGAGUUACAAUCGUCACGGAUUUGUUUUCUCGAUAAACGUGAUCAGAGUGAAAAACAUGCAAUCGGGAAAAACUCCGAGAACGAUAAUGACGAGAGCUUUGUUGGGUGCGAAAAAUUUUUCCGAUGUCAAUGAUAUUCUUAUGGAUUCUGGAACGGGUAUCGGUGAUGGCGUGAGCGUUAAUUUUACUUUUUUAAACGACAUUAAUCAAACUUUUUACAACGCUGAAGUCGGUCCUGCCCAUUUUCCAAAAACUCAUUCUCUCAUUCAUAUGGAAAAGGGAAAAAUGGGGGAACAUUUUUAUCAUUGCAACAGGUUUUUAAGACUUGAUGUGCCAGAAGUGGAAAGUCCAUUGAUAGACAGUAGCAAGCAUAGAGAAACUGUUAUAACAGACUCACAGGCUCCUAAAAAUUUAACAGAUGCGACUAAUAUUCUCGGUGAUGAUUCAGACAAUAACUAUCCGAUAUAUCGUGAAAGAGGAAUUGUGAGAACCAUAGCAACAGGAAUUUUCGACUUCAAGAAAGCAACAUUAAGUGUAUACACAGACAAUCCGAAAACAAACAAACCUAUUUUUGAAUUACCAAUGUUUUAA